CCAAUACGCGCGCGCACUCCAUUCGUUUGCACUGCACUUUCUGGUUCACAGUGACGUCAGACUUCGGUACUCUAUUGCACAAUAGCAUUGCAGUUUCUUCAUUGUAAACAAUUGCGUCAUGAAAAUGAACAAACUGGGUUAUCGAGCCAAAUCAAGAAGAUUAUGGCGCAAAAAACUGUUAGACGAGGACUCUGGAACGCUUAAGUUGAGUAUUUUAUGCAAUAAUCACACUAAUUGCGAUGCAAGUACACAGAUAAAGGGAAAAUAAACCAAGUGCUCUCCAGUAUUGUUGAAUACGUUCAACAGAAUUGUUACACGAUGCUUCCAGCAGCACCUAGACAUGGACCGCAGAUGUGAUGCCGUCAGAAAUUCACUGUUCCAUUUUAUUCAAAUCCAACCAUUUUGGCACGAUCCCAAGAGUCCAUUAAUGGGAUUUAAACAGUAGACACGGGGCGUGACGCGUACGGUCGCUGGAUCAUGGCUGGUCGAUCUCAACCUCUGAUCAUAGAACAAGAACUGACUCAUCGUUAUUUAGUGCAAGGGCGUGGUAGGGAUUGUUUUCCGGGAGCAAAGCACUUUUUCCGGGAGGAGAGGGUAAGCCCACUUUGCCUGCCCCUAUAGCGACACCCAUAUCAUAGAAGAUCGCCACGCCCAUGUCAGCAAGGGUCUCAAUACAGUGAUGUUCACGAUACGCGGAGGGUCUCUGUGUUAGUCAGUAAUCAGCAGACUGGUUUUGUUUCAGCAUAGUCAUCACCACUGCUUCAAAAUCAUGAUGAAGUGAUUAAUGAAAUUGCGGUUCUUUUUAAUAACUGCAAUGAAAUUACCACUAGAUCUAAUUACAAUCAAAGUUAGGAGUGGUGUCCGGUAGAUGAAUGAGACCGUUACACCAGCCGCAGCUGCCAGCGGUUAAUGCAAACCUCAAGGCAGAUGAUAUCUUGUACAUAUAGAUUACUUCUCCCCAUCCAUCAUACUUCAUCUCUCCAUCCUUGACAGAGCAGAGGCAAAUAUAUGGAGACUUUUGAGGACUCUAUACUACGUAUACUACGACCUAGGCCGUCAAUGAUAGGGUAUUUGAUGUGGAUAUUGUACACAUUGCAGGGUUGCGUGAGAAGGACUACGUUUGUAUAAUGACGGGGUUAUCUGUUGUGACCCCAUCUGUAUAGCUUUACAGAUGGUUUGGGUUCACAGUGCGAUUGUUCUUGGUAAUGCUCGCUUUCAGAAUCCCGACUUUCCACUGAAAAACCAUAUUAAACGCACACAAAUGAUCUUAAUUUUGCUCUUGUAGUUCAAGCACACAAAGCCUUAUCGAGACCUCAUGUAAAUGUACAUGUCAUAAACGGGUGGAAAGCUUAUCAGUUUGAAGUCCACUUAGUAUAUCGCAAGGUGCUUUUUACUCUUCCUAGAUUUGCUGGUAGGUUUGUCCGGUAAGAGCUAUACAUCUCAGUCUGCUAUCAAAAACAAUUGAAUGUGUUUCUAAUCCAGCGACCAGUACCAUGUUGCCGUGGUACAGGUAGGUGCGCAGACCAGGUGCGCACGCUCUUAGGCCUUUCUUUGUAGUUGUUGCAAAACACCUUUCGCCCAGCGGAGUGGUACGCACAGGCUCGUUCAGUUUAUAGGGGAAGUGUGGGCAUCACGGUAUGUUUCGAUAUGCCGUGAGCCGGGGUGUUUUAUACGAAGGAAAUGUUUACUUUCUACGAUGACGAGCUCUUUUAAAGGCGUGUUCAGCUUAACGAUUAGUGUUCAAACUUUUUCACCAGAAUUUGGAGUUAAGCAAGCAGCGUAAUAGCCUUUCAGGUGAGUUACUGUCUGCAUGAGUUCCGGCAGAGCUUGGAGAUGCGUCAUCUGCAGAUCACCCUGUAGUGGAGGUAAGUUCAGUUCUAAAAAUGUAUACAAGCCACGUCCAAUUACAGUCUUGUCCUUUAUCACUUAUCGGUAUUCGCAUGUCUGUCUUCAACACUUCAGUGUGAUCGAGUAAUGUGGCAGACGAAACUCCCAAUUUUUAAUCGACAGGAGCAGAGCAGAGCAUAAACUACGAACCAUAUUUUUUCAGUGAGCAUUUUAUCAAAUCAUGAAGAACAUUUCGUGGCAAUACAAAGACAAUCAUUUUAAUAUGGCUGUCAUGAAGAACAUCGCUCUUAGAAAUUUACAAGCCCGUGAAUUCCCGUUGCUAGGAGAAUAAACCACAGCUCAGCAGUAGGACUUCUGGAUUUUCAAGAAUGUGAUUAAAAUGGAACCCCACUGUAAUUAUAGACGAUUGUCUGAGCUGGCUUGAGAACUAACACACAGAUUUCUGUAAAGUUUUGCACUAAAUUGAACUUGUUAUAUCUUGAUCAAGAAGACGGUUUUAUCAAACAAACAUCAUUAGAGAGAUUUUCAACCACCAGAAGCAAAAAGGAACAACAAGAACAGAAACAACAUGAUCAGCUACGUGAAUGAAUUUUUUAUUUCUCUUUUCAUUCAGCAUUUGGAUUUUACCAUUCCAGCGACAUCUAAACACCACCGCGAUGAACCAAGGUACGCCACGAGGACGUGACCCACAGAACCCUCAUAGGGGGCGUGGCUGCGGCCGACUGAGGGUCACUCGGUGGGGGCGUGUGGUCGUCAUCGCCUCGUUCCUUACUUUCCUGCUGCACGACGGCGUCCUGGGAACGUUUGGCGCGUUCAUACCGCUCCUGCAGAUGGAAUUUCAAGAAGGAUCGGGGCAAUUAGGAUGGGUGGUCAGCUCAGGCGUCGCCGUGGAGAAUUUUUCAGGGCCAAUGGGCAACAUAGUAGUGAAAAGGAUCGGAUGUCGUCGAGCCAUCAUGCUUGGUGGCGCUCUCCUGGCUUGUGGCACUGCCAUCGCCUCCUUCGCUUCCUCUGUCUACCAUCUCUUUGCUUGCCUCGGCUUGGUCGCAGGUCUUGGGGGAUCGAUUAUUCAUGUAUCGAUUGUGGUAGCAGUUGGGGAGUUCUACAAUAAACACUACACGGUGGCCAACGGUAUCGCUUACGCGGGGCCAGGCGCAGGGGUAUUCGCCUUUCCGCCGCUGAUCGAGUAUCUGAACGAGAAUUACGGCUGGAGGGGGAGCCUACUCAUUGAAGCCGCCAUUGUGGCUAACGUCGUGAUGAUGGGGGCGCUCUUCCGACCAGCUGCCUGGUUUAAAUCCCGUCUACGGAUUCAAAAUGACUUUAAAGAUGACGAUGCCGUUAGGAGGCUCGAUGAUGGGCAGCUUGCUACUGAUCAGGAUGGUAAGGGCAUUGGUGGCUCUGGAGAGGACAAGUCAUCUGACAGCGAGAUCUCUGAAUUUUCCUCUGAAAUUGAAGACUCCAGAAAGAUCUCAGCUAUCCAGGUUGGGAAUGAUGGAGGGUGUACUUCAAAGUCUUCAAGGAGAACAUCCCGUCGGAAAUCCAUACUCACGCAGACCAACACCCCAGCCAUGCUUGCCAUGUUCGUCGCCUGCGUGUUCCACACAGCUGGCUACUCGGGAGUCUCCGUCCAUGUCGUCAACCAGGCUGUGUCGUCUGGUAUGACGACCCAGCAAGCCUCCUUCCUGCUGUCCUGCGUCGGCAUCGGCAGUCUGGUGGGCAGGUUAACCCAUGGCUGGUUCCUGACUCGAAAGUACAUCACACCGUCUUGGAUGUACUCCCUGACCCUCGUGGUCUCAUUGGCCGCCACGAUAACUCUCCCCCUAACGACCACGUUCAGAGGGAAGAUACCCUCAGCCACGGCCGUUGGCUUCUGCAGUGGCGUUUACUUUUCACUGGUUGCCGUCAUUUUGCGAGAGCUUGUGGGGAUACGCUACCUCGGUGUUGCCUUCGGAAUCUCUCUAUUCUGUUCAGGCGUCGGGACAACACUAGGAGGCUAUGUCAUCGGUGUUUUGAAAGAUGUGACAGGUAAUUACCGCAUACCUUACUACUUGAUAAGCGUCUUCUUUGCCGUGGCGACCAGCUUCUCUUUACCGCGGCCAGUCAUCCAGUCGUACCGUGCCCGCAGUAAUCGCCGCUUGGGCUUUAGGCCAACCUCUCAUGUAUCAUGUUUAAAGCGAUCGGGGCAGGGGGUGAUCGACGACACAACGGAUCCAAAGCUGCAGGCCAAUCAACCCCAGAGAGGGCUUGGUUGUGGCCAGCGUCGAAUCACCCGUUGGGGGCGUGUGGUGGUCGUGGCCUCAUUCCUGGCGUUCCUGCUACACAACGGCGUGCUGGGCACCUUUGGUAUCUUCGUACCAAUCUUGCAGGAAGAGUUUGAGGAAGGUUCCGGUUCGCUGGGAUGGGCGGUCAGUUCUGGCAUCGCCGUGGAGUGUUUUACAGGGCCAUUGGGAAACAUUGUUGUGAGAAGGAUCGGAUGUCGUCGAGCCGUCAUGCUUGGUGGCGCCCUCGUGGCUUGUGGCACUGCCACCGCAUCUUUCUCCACCUCUGUCUACCAUUUAUUCGUCUGCCUCGGCAUAAUUGCUGGUCUUGGCGGAUCGAUCGUGCACGUGGCUAUCGUGGUAGUGAUUGGACGAUACUACAAUCGUCACUUUUCUGUCGCUAAUGGUAUCGCUUAUGCGGGCCCAGGGGCUGGCGUUGUCGUCUUCCCACCGUUAAUUCAACACCUGAAUGAAACUUACGACUGGAGACAGAGCCUCAUCAUCUUGUCUGCCAUUGUUUCAAAUGUCAUGGUAAUGGGCGCGCUCAUGCGUCCGACAAGUAAAUUCAAAUCUCAUUUUCGGAAAACACGUGUAGUAAAACACAAUAAUCUGAACCUAGAAGUGGAGUAUGAACCGGUUGAAACGGGGGAAGGAGGUGGUGAAGAACACGUUGAUAGGAGGAUUUCUGAAACUUCCAAAUGUGAGGACACGUUUCAAGGAAAUUCGACAAGUGAGCCAGCUACUGAGGCAUUCAGUAUCUCCAAAUCUUUGUCUUUAUGUGGCAAAGCCGUAAGAUCGAGACUCAAACGAAUUACCAACGCACCAGCGAUUCUUGCCAUGUUCGUCGCCUGUGUGUUCCACACCGCCGGCUACUCGGGAGUUUCCUUCCAUCUCGUCAACCAGGCUGUGUCGUCUGGUAUGACGACCAAGCAAGCCUCCAUCUUGCUGACCUGCGUCGGUAUCGGCAGUGUGAUGGGCAGGUUGACCCACGGCUGGUUCCUGACUCGCAAACACAUCACACCGUUCUGGAUGUACUCCCUCUCCUUGUUGGCCUCAAUUGUAACCACGGCAACAUUCCCCAACACGACCACGUUCUGGGGAAAGAUAGCCUCUGCUACAGUCAUUGGUUUAGGCAGUGGCGUUUACUUUUCGUUAGUUGCGGUCAUUCUGCGGGAGCUUGUUGGUAUUGUCUACCUAGGUGUCGCCUUCGGAAUAUCGCUGUUCUGCUCAGGCCUUGGGACAACGCUUGGAGGUUUUGUAGUUGGUGCCGUGAGAGAUGCUACGAGGAGUACUUGCAUACCUUAUUACUUGAUAAGCGUCUUCUUUGCCAUUGCGGCAAUGCUCUCUCUCCCGCUGCCAGUCAACCAGUGUUACCGAGAACGCCGCAGUCGGCACCCCGCUUCGGUGCCCGAGUCAACUGCUGUGUGACUGCUGUACAGUACAGAGAUUUUGGUUUUCUCGACAGUUAAUGCAGCUGUAAAAAUAUCAUCGAACCUAUCGGUCCAUGUGGGGAGUUUUGAUGAAAUUUACUUGCAAAGUAUUGACCUUGGCCGUCGUGCAAAUUGAACCUGUAGAACGGGGUCCGCCAACUGUUUUGCGCAUGUGCUGUUUCUCAAAUAGAUUUACAUGGGGACUCGCAGGCAUGUGAGUUUGAAGAGCAUUUAGUUGACCAAUUGCGCUCGCUAAGUCACAUCACCUAUAUUGGGGAUCAAAGUUCAGCAAAUGCUCCCAUAGAUGCGCUCCAUAAGUAUUUACCAAAAACAUAGCUGUGAAGUACUCAGACUACUGAUGAGCUGAGCACUGUACCCCAUAAUUGGCAUUAUUUUUGGUAAACAAUGUUUAUGAUACACGACGCCAUCUUUGUUAAUGUUUGGUACCGGUACCCACUAUAGGUCACGUGACUUCGCUGGCGUAAUCGGUCAAUUAUGGCACUAACGAAAACGGUGAACAUGUUUUUAUGCAGCGGUAAUCGUGUUCACAAAACAGUUCUCCAACCAACUCAAUUACCAGAUGCAUGCUGCUGUCAUAUACCUCACAAAAUGGUCACUUCGAAUACAACAAGAACCUCUGUCCCCACAGGCACCUUUAGAUAGGUGGAAAGAAGAAAUAAUAGAGAGUCUUACCCGAGGCGAGAGUUUUGGCCCCAAGACAUUAUUGGUGGGUAGGUCUAAGUAAUUAUUCGUGUUGCAAGAUUGUCUGUGAAAGUUUGUUUUUCACGAUUUUAUUAUCAAAAGUGCUCUUACACAAGAAAGUGCAUUACACUUAUCGCUGCACAUUUACGUUAUGUUUUAACACUUCCAUAAAGUUUUACCACGUGCAGACGAAUGCAUGGCCAAUUAAAUAUUGUCAACUGACACUGUAAAUUGUAAACGUAGGUGACUUGUUGUUGCACGUAAUUUAACAUAAGAGAAUGUCUUUGCUUUUAACUUUCAAAAUUGUAUUUGUAUCCUGUUUUUUUUUUAAAGAUCGGGUGCUAAUUAGCGAUAGAAUAUAAUCCAUUAGUCUGUUUGUUGUGUGUCGCGGGAUCAGGGAAUAAACAGCAACGUCGAUAUAAUGGAAGGUAAA